AUGAAGCUUUCAGGGGCUCUUUUCGGGCUUGUUGCGGAAAAUGCGGCGGCAUUCAAUUGCACGGAGUCCUGUACCUGCUCUGAAGAUCUGGUUCAAUGUAUUUCUGGCGAGCUAACGGAAGCACCCGAAUCCUUUCCAGAUCAAAUUCAACUCAUUGACAUUCGAAACAAUAUGAUCGAAUAUUUCGCUCUCAAGAAACUCCCAUCCCUCGAUCUCAAAUACAUGUAUUUGAGCAACAAUUCCAUCGAGCAAAUCGAAGAUUUGAAUCGCCACAGCUUUCCGGAAUUGGAAGAGUUGGACCUCAGUAAUAACAAAUUAAAAUGGCUCCCGAUGGGGAUGCUGAGAAGAAUGAGCAUGCUUCAAAGAUUGGACUUAUCGUUCAACUCUUUGGUCUCGCUUUCGACCAUACGAAUUCCCAGCUCUCUGAGCUUUGCGAGUUUUCAAGCAAACCGAAUCGAGAGCAUCCCAAAACGAGGAUUCCUUGAUGUCGCCCACAAUCUGGCCAUUCUUGACCUCAGCUUGAACAAAAUCGAAACUGUUCGAACUGGCGCUUUCAACAACGCUCAUAAUCUUCAGAAACUUGAUCUCAGCUCCAAUAUUAUAGACAAUCUCCAGAAUCAUGCUUUCUCGGGUCUGUCGAACUGCCGAGAACUCAGUCUACGAGACAAUCUGAUCAAUGAUAUCAUGCCAAAUGUCUUAAAAAACUUCGGAUCGGACGUUCCUCAGAUUCCAGGAGGAAGAAACAUCAUCGAUUUGCGAAAUAAUGAGCUGUUCACGAUUCUUGACGACUGGAUUUCCGUGUUUGGCCCUUCGACGGACGAGUGCAACGAUUCGUUCUGCCCGAAAACGACGGAAAUCCUGCUCCAGUCGAAUCCUCUUUUCUGCGAUUGUGGCCUCCAAGAAGUUCGCGAUCGCUACGGCCGAUUUAUCGGUGAUCUGGAAUACGCUAAAUGCGUCAAUAACAACUUCGACGAGCCUGUUACCCUCGCGAAGUUUCAAGAUGACAGUUGCUGUGCCCCAGAACUAACGCUGCUAAUAAAUUAA